AUGUUUUUUUGCACUCUACGAGGCGACUAUCUGAACACUCCGGUUAAUAACCCAAAAACCAGCUCUCUCGCCUCGAGAAUUUCGGCAGAGACCAAUUUUACAAACGAUAGUGGCAACACGGACAGCAUGAUUCCACAACCUGUGGAGCCGCAGGAUCCACCGUCGCUGAGUAAGCCGGGCUUUUCUGGCACACCUCGAUGCAGUUAA